UGCAGCCUGGAUCUAUGUUGAUGCCUGAACCAUACAGUAAAUUACCACAUUCUCCUGGUUUGGGUUUCUUGGAGCCUGUUAAAGGAUCUCAUCUACCAGCCCAAAGUAACACACAGGACAAGAUGUCAUCGCAUCAGUCAGCUCAUCCAACGCAUCCUGAAAUUGGUCUUCCUGAUCUCAGUUUUGUGCUGGGUAAUGGCCAGAAACCCACUACAUCAAAAUCAGAUAUCAAGGAUAAUGUGUCGGACACAACAUCAGAAUCUUCUUCUCUUGAUCUGGAUUUCUUUGCACCAAGCACAACUCAACCUUCAGAAGGAAAGCCAGAGUCCAGAGGUUUGUAUGAAGAAGACUUAUUGGGCCUGAAUAUUUUCUCGUCGUCACUGGAGCCUCAGAAGUCAGACAGUCCUAAGCCACAGAAGACAUCAGACACCAAGAAGGUGUGGCAGCAUGGUGGAGUCACCAUACCACUCUCUUCACAAGAAAGCAGAGCUCAGCUCAGUGCUGCCGCCAAGAGUAUAUUAGAUGAGCUUGAAGACUUGAGGUUCAUGAGUUCUUCUGUUUUGAUGUUCCCAUUAAAGUCCUAGUAACUAGUUGUGAAAUCAGACAAAGAGGAUACAGUUAUUUGCUCAAAUUGUUAUGUGAAGCACUUUUUAAUUUUCAUUCAGUAUUUGCCACAGCCUUAAAUGGAAGACAGUUCAAUGCGACUUUUACGUGGUACUGUUCAGUAUGUUGUUUGUGAAUUAACGCUGUUCUAUUGUUUAAAUUCCCUACCAAGGAUGCUCCCAGGGUGUUCAAGUCUUAGUUAGUUAAAUUAUGUUAAUCAGUUAUUCUCACCGGUGAUCAUGAGUUUUUCUCAAGCUAACAUGUUUUAUUAACCUAUUUACAAAAGCAAUCAUCUUAUGAAGAAAUAUCUUCACUAAUAAUUACUCCAUAGAUUUGAGAUGUGCAGGAAAAAAAGAGAUUAAAACUGGCUUGUGUGUCACAGAAAGGGUUAAAUAGAUCGAUAGACAUCAUAGUGAUACGCUCUGUAGGAUUGUUGAUUUGAAACAAAGUUUCGGUAAAUAAUUGUUUUGACAGACAGAGUGUUUGUACCACAUUUCAUUAGUUUGAUUUGUUUGUCUUUUAAGAAAAACAGAGAAACAGUCAGGCCAGAUUUGGUGUGGGUGUUAGUUUUCCACCAAGCAGGCAUUUUCUUGCCUCCCUCCCCUCUCCCCUCCACCCACCCCCUCCCCUCAACACAACAACAAUUUGAUUUAUUUAAUCAACUAAAACUCGUGAUCAUAAAGUUUUCUGAUAACAUAAAUGCAUGUCAGGACCUGGUCAAUAUUACAACUGUAUUGUUUAGUCAUAAUUAUUAUAGAGGGAAAAUGUCGUGACCUGAACAGGGCAAUUUGUUGUGGUUUUGUUCCCUUUUCUGACCUUGACCAUGUGCAGAGCACAGUAUGUUGUGAGAUGUUCCUGAGAACCCCACCCAACAGAAAUCUUCCCUCAACAGAAAUUACACAUUUUCAUGGACGUUUUGCUGCAUUUCUGUUUUGGCCUUUGAAGUUUCCCUCUGUUAGUUUUCUAUAUUAUUAGCUACCACUAUUAGCUAUGACAAUGUGAUAAGUACUAUACCAUGUUAAAUAUUGCAUAAUGCUAUCCUGUGAACAAGCUCCCAGCGAGCUAAGUGAGCCGACCAUUGAACUGAUUUUUUUCUCCCCCUGACCGCAUUUAGGAGUCUGUUCACAGGCUAGCAUAAUGCUAAAUAUGAGUGCUAAGCAUUAUUUUUAUCAAAUUGUAUUGUAAAUAGCUUUAUGUCUAUACUAUAUGUGAAGAGGGGAAUAACUAUUAGGACUCUAUGCGUCAGUAUAUACCAUGACAAUAUUCCCUAGGUGUGAUAAUUUAGUGUGGUAGGGAACGCAAAACUUGUUAGAUAAGCAUUUCAUUAUUCUUUAGUGCAGAUAAUAAACUUAACGGUAUUUGAGAAAGAGGUUAAUUUUUCUCAGAAAGAAAACAAUGGUAAUUUUGAGAAAUAGAAAUUGUAGUUUUUACUUCAAGGGAUAAAUGCUCAAGCAAUGUAUUCUUAAAAUAAAUUGCACUGUAUUAUUUCAACGAAACAGAAAAAAAA